AGUCUGGUUUUUCUGGAAGCUGGGAGCAGCAGCGCUGGAGUCAGGGGGGACUGGAGCAACGGCAGCCAGCGUGAACGAGCAAAGGGAAAAGCCUCGCGCGUUUCAGUGAAGCCCUGCGCGUGGGAAGAAUGAGUAGAAUCAACUGAACUGCGCACUUUAAUAGCAUCCUACGUGUUUUUUAAAUCCCAGAAACUGUGUGUAGUUAUUUUUUGGACUCGAUAGAAAUAGUUAGUUAGUUAGUUUAGCGUUUAGAAGACUUAACCUACUUGUUUCCGUGACUUCAACAGCGAUUAUUUUGGAGUUGUUUUUAACGUUUGAAUUACCCUAGCAUCGAGUGGCGGGAUUAAGGGGGCCGGGAGAGAGGGAAGAGAAGGUGGGGCAGAGUGAGUCAAACGGACCGAGCGCUCACUCCUGUCCACCCGCUUCAACUGAACCACCAACGGAUAUUUUCUUCCCCUUAAAACCGAAAGGAAAUCAAUAAUUAUUUGUUUAUCGGAAUUUGGAGAGCGAUAACUUCGGUUGUCAGCGUUUCUUUUCGCCGCACAUUCCAGGUACUCUAAUCUACGUUACACUGUAAAUCCUCUGAUAUUUACCGUUUGGACGGAUUUUGUUUGGAGGGGAGUGUAAAUUCCCCGGUCUUGUUGGACCAUGGCCGACGACGACGUGCUCUUUGAAGAUGUUUACGAGCUGUGCGAGGUCAUUGGCAAGGGGCCGUUUAGUGUGGUACGAAGAUGCAUCAACAGGGAGACAGGCCAACAGUCUGCUGUGAAGAUUGUGGAUGUGGCCAAAUUCACCUCCAGCCCUGGCCUCAGCACAGAAGAUCUGAAGAGGGAAGCGAGCAUCUGCCACAUGCUGAAACAUCCUCACAUAGUGGAGCUUCUGGAGACCUACAGCUCUGAUGGGAUGCUCUACAUGGUGUUUGAGUUCAUGGAUGGAGCAGAUCUCUGCUUUGAGAUUGUGAAGAGAGCAGACGCUGGUUUUGUUUACAGUGAGGCAGUAGCCAGUCACUACAUGAGACAGAUCCUUGAGGCCUUGCGGUACUGCCAUGACAACAACAUCAUUCACCGGGACGUAAAGCCUCAUUGUGUGUUGCUGGCAUCAAAGGAGAACUCUGCUCCGGUGAAACUUGGUGGCUUUGGUGUGGCUAUACAGCUGGGAGAGUCCGGAUUAGUGGCUGGAGGACGUGUGGGUACUCCGCACUUCAUGGCACCUGAGGUGGUGAAAAGAGAGCCCUACGGGAAACCUGUGGAUGUUUGGGGCUGCGGAGUCAUCCUCUUCAUUCUUCUGAGUGGCUGCCUGCCCUUCUAUGGCACCAAAGAGCGCCUGUUUGAAGCAAUCAUAAAAGGGAAAUAUAAGUUGAAUCCUCGGCUUUGGGGCCAAAUCUCAGAGAGUGCCAAAGACCUGGUGCGCCGUAUGCUGAUGCUGGACCCUGCAGAGAGGAUCACAGUGUAUGAAGCUCUUAACCACCCCUGGCUCAAGGAGAGAGACCGCUAUGCCUACAAGAUCCACCUUCCUGAGACUGUGGAGCAGCUGAGGAAGUUCAAUGCCAGGAGGAAGCUAAAAGGCGCAGUGCUCGCUGCAGUAUCCAGUCACAAGUUCAACUCUUUCUAUGGCGACCCACCAGAAGAACUGCCUGACUUCUCUGAGGACCCUACUUCAUCAGGACUACUAGCAGCAGAAAGGGCUGUGUCACAAGUGCUAGACAGUUUGGAGGAAAUCCAUGCACUGACUGACUGCAGUGAGAAAGACCUGGACUUUCUACACAGCGUCUUCCAGGACCAUCACCUCCACACAUUGCUUGAACUGUAUGACAAGAUAAACACCAAGUCUUCACAACAAAUUAGGAAUCCUACAAGUGACGCAGUUCAGAGAGCCAAAGAGACCUACGCCGAAGACGGGUCGAGCACGGCUUUGAAACAUCUGGAAUAUGUACUUGAGGAGAUUUCAUGCUACUCGGAGAAUGCAGACGCUAAAGAACUGAGACGGAUUUUAACCCAACCCCAUUUCAUGGCCUUACUUCAGACUCAUGAUGUUGUGGCGCAUGAGGUGUACAGUGACGAGGCACUGAGGGUCACCCCACCCCCCACAUCACCAUAUCUCAACGGAGACUCACCUGUGAGCAUGAACGGAGACAUGGACAUAGAGAAUGUUACACGAGUGCGCCUAGUUCAGUUCCAGAAGAACACGGAUGAACCAAUGGGCAUCACACUGAAAAUGAACGACUUGAACCAUUGCAUCGUGGCAAGAAUAAUGCAUGGAGGAAUGAUCCACAAACAAGGAACUUUGCAUGUUGGAGACGAGAUCCGGGAGAUCAAUGGCAUAAGUGUAGCAAAUCAAACGGUGGAGCAGCUUCAGAAGAUGCUUCGGGAAAUGAGAGGCAGCAUCACCUUUAAGAUUGUGCCAAGCUACCGCAUACAGCAGUCGUCCUGUGAGAAAGAAUCCCCCCCCACUUCCAGACAGUCCCCCGCUAAUGGCAAUUGCAGCAUUAACAGUUCUAUCUUGGACUUGCCGUCAACCAUCCAGCCAAAAGGACGCCAGAUCGCCAGACCUCCAAUCAAGGAUACAUAUUCCGUCAAGAUCUUUGUACGGGCACAGUUUGAGUAUGAUCCGAUGAAAGAUGACCUCAUCCCAUGUAAAGAGGCGGGGAUUCGCUUCAGGGUGGGUGACAUAAUCCAGAUUAUCAGCAAAGAUGAUCAUAACUGGUGGCAAGGCAAGCUGGAAAACACCAAGAAUGGCACGGCGGGACUGAUUCCCUCACCUGAACUUCAGGAAUGGAGGGUGGCCUGUAUAGCCAUGGAGAAAACCAAGCAAGAACAGCAGGCAAGCUGCACUUGGUUUGGCAAGAAAAAAAAGCAGUACAAAGACAAAUACCUAGCAAAGCACAACGCAGACACAACCAGACCUCCAAAGAAAGAUGAAGAGAACGGCAAGAAUUAUUUCUUUGUAUCCCAUGACCAAAUGAUGCAGGACAUCUCCAACAAUGAUUACCUGGAGUACGGCAGCCAUGAGGAUGCAAUGUACGGCACGCGGUUGGAGACAAUACGCAAGAUCCAUGAGCAGGGACUCGUAGCCAUACUGGACGUAGAGCCACAGGCUCUGAAGGUUUUACGGACAGCUGAAUUUGCUCCCUAUGUGGUUUUCAUUGCUGCACCAACUAUCACUCCCGGCAUGAAUGAGGACGAGUCAUUACAGAGGCUGCAGAAGGAGUCCGAGAUCCUCCAGAAGACAUAUGCACACUAUUUUGACCAAACCAUCAUCAAUAAUGAGAUUGACGAGACUAUUCGACUCUUGGAGGAAGCCAUAGACCUGGUCUGCACCACCGGCCAGUGGGUUCCAGUAUCCUGGGUCUACUAAAACAGCGAACCCAUCAGCCUGUAACCUUACACCCUUCAUAACCUCACACUGUGCAGUGCAUCUCUGCAAGAAAAAAAAUGAUUCAAACAGAAGCCCACCAACAACAUCCAUGUACCUUAAGUGAGCCUAGCAUUGGCCCCUCACACACUACCUAGAUGUAGUGUUGUAUUUAUGAAAAAAAAAAUAAAAGAAAUACUAAAUAUUGUCAUGUCUAUAUAGCUAGGAGGCAGCAUUUUGUAGCCUGAUUUAAAGAGACAAUAUCCUACAUGAUGCAUUUUCUUGCAAUUUUUUUUUCUUUGUUUUUCUGUCCAUUUUUCUGUUAUUACCAGAGCAGAAGUGCAGUGUCUCUUCAGCAGAAUCCUCACAGCUUUCAUCCGGCCAUUAACUCAGCCAUCAUACAUAAUCCUCACAUUAUCCAUGCGGCAGAGCCCAGCUGCUUUAGCACAACCUUCCCAUUUGCCUUUUUUAGUUUUGUUUUUCAUCUUUUACUCGAUGGAUACUGUCUCUAAAGAUGUACAUAAAUGUUUUAGAGAUAUGAAUGAGAUCUCAUGCAUGUGAACAUUCACAAGCGUCCAUGCUGUCAGUGUUAGCUGUGUUCAGACUGUCACCCACAGCAGAAAACAUUCCAUUCGUCUGGAUGAACACAUUCAAACAAGAGGGGCCGGUGAUGAGGAGGAAAAAAAGAAGAAGACCUAUGCACAUCCCUUGCAUUUUGGCAAAUUUGUAAACAGUUUAUUUUUACCAAUCAUGUAGUAAAACGUGUUUGUAAAUGGUCUAAAUUUUUAUUUGUUGUAAGAUUAAGGGGUUCAGGAUGAAAAUGAGUUCACUGAACUGUUCUGUCGUUUCUGAAAUGUGUGCUUUCUGUGGAGUUGUUUGAGGAAGAGGUGCGUCUGUGCAAAGCGAAGGACAAUGUCUGUUCUGUACAUGACAAACGGUUUACUCUGUGUAAAUGGCUCUGCCGGUGAUGGAGCAGCUCUUCGAUAUGAGUGUUUUUAAAAAAAUAUAUAUUUCCUUUUAUGUGGUGAAGAUCUCCUCUGUCUUCUGCUCUGUGUUGCUCAUCAUCUCUGUGUGAGUUGGCAGAGACGGGGCCAGUGGAAAACUGUUGGUAGGUCACGUCCUGCCCACUUGACUUAUGUGUCUGAGUGUGACGCAGAGUGUGUGUUUGCUGGACUAACGGUACUCUUUCAUAUUUCUGUAUGCAUUAGAAACAAAGAGCGAGUGUGUAAAGUGUUAUUUUAAAGAAGUCUGUUCUUCAAGGCUGCAUUUAUUUAAUUAAAAAUAGAGUCAAAUGGUAA